GGCGACGGGCGCGUCACACAGAGGACUACACAAGGGUUACCGAGGCCCUGAGCAAGCACCAUGGCGGACACACCGGUGGUGGUUGAGUACUCAAUGACGGAGGUCGCGACUCACACGACGAAGGAGAGCACAUGGUUGGUCAUCAAGGACAUGAACGACGGCGACACCCCCAAGGUUUACGACGUGUCGAGCUACCUGAACGACCACCCGGGGGGCGCGGAGGUGAUGAUGGAGGUGGCCGGGCAGGACGCGACUAACAUGUUCGAGGACAUCGGGCACUCCUCGGACGCAAGAACGGAGAUGAAGAAGUUCCAGAUAGGGCUUCUCAAGCUGACAGACGAGGAGAGGGCUAAGAUUGCGCAGGAGGCGGCGAAGAAGGCCGAGCGGGCGUCGCGACAAGGGGGAGGGCUCAACCCCCUCGCGGUGUUGGUUUUGCUUUUGGCCAUCUCAAUCGGGUAUUACUACUCCAACCAAAAGGCGUGACCAGUGACGUCAUGGCUUCCUUGCGCUCGGGUUAUUUGUUUUCGCCGGUGGGGUAGUUGCUCCUCCCCGCCCCUGGUAUCUAAACUUCCUAGAUGUGUCUCUCUAGCGAGAGCUUGAGAUCGUGGGAGCGAACUAGAGUUCUGGUUACGACGCCGCGAACGGCAGCUUGGUGAUUGCCGGGCGCUGUGCUUGCUUUCACGCUUUUACAUGGCGUUUCGACCGUUUGCUGAAGCCGAGACACGCUGAGGAGGGCGGGGCACACGGGUGCGAAUGUUCCCAUUACGAUUGAUUGGUCGAGCCUUUCCGGCGGCUCUCGCCAGGGGUGGGAAAAGGAGGCGGGCGGAACAUCGCCCUGGAAGAGAAUAGCGAGCCGGUGCAUGGUAGGGUUUCGUGUUCACCGUUCUGUUUACUUCGUGUCAUGAGCACGAGGGGCGGCCGCAGGAGAGCCUGGGGGGGAGGGGUAAGGGGGGGGCUGUGCACCACGUCCCCCCCCCUCUACUCUCAAUCGCUGCUGCUCGUGGGGUGUGGGCGAUGUUGCCCUCUGCGGUUGUUUGUGAAGGAGUUUGUUGUGUUUUGUUGGUAAUUCAAGAAGGUCGUUUGGUUCCACGUCAUUUUCAAGACCAACCGCUUCGCCUUCGGUCUCUCGAAAAGCGUGCUUCUUUUUGCCGGCACGUGCAUCAGACAAUCAGCACUGACUGACGUGAUGACACACCUGGGUGCGCAAGGGCAAGGGACAUGUUGCGAGCACGGGCAACUACAUACAACUGCCAUUUCUGUCUGUAGAACUUAACCAUGGUCACCGGUACACUGGUACACCAUGAUCGGUACACUAUUGCUGAACGACCGUCAAACUUUGAUGCUCUGGUUGGGUCUAGAGACGGGCACGAAGGAAAGAAAUACAAAUAAGAAUGGGAACUACUCUGGGCUCUCAACCCCCACCCUCCCCUCGCACACCCUGUGAAACCUCGAAACCGCUUCGUCUGAGACAACAGCGGACACAAUCAACUACAGCACGAUCAAGAUCCGCUUGGCUGCGGCGUGCUGUGGGUUGCCUCUGGGGCGUCGCGUACCCCUUGCGGCCAACACAAGCGGACAACGUGCGUUCGAAACGAGCACGUUCAGAUAGUUCCUACCUGCAGUUGUGACAGCAGCAGUUAUUACAAAUUGAUUAGAUUUGCACAACUCCGCGCGAUGAGGGGUGGUGGGGCAGCCUCUCGCACCUCACGCUCCGCGACGCCCCUACUCUCGUCUACUCCGAGCACCCACACCAAGUCCAGGAAAGUUUUGGAUUCCGUCGCGCUUAACAGUUAUCAUCCGACUACGAGCGGAAUGGAGUCGAAAAGUUGCCACACUGCUGUGCCGUCGGUGUUGUGGUCCUGGUUAAUGAGCAACUCCUUCCGCGCUACCGACCCAUGCAAGUAACGAUCAACACAGACAGGCCCGGUCGCUCCCCUUGACUUCUAGGAGACAACAAAGGCGGGCAUUAUUAGACUCCGGGAGGGGCUACCCCUUGCCUGCUGUUACAAACUAACCCAGAGAACGCCUGUGCACGGUAAACCGCACAAUGGUGUACGGCCACCCCAAGAUGGAGGCCUCGCGCCCUAUUCACUGUCUUUCCUUCCGGCACUGGUGCCGCGGUCGCCGCCCCAGUGAGCAUCACGCCCCGGUUGCCGUCGCUUUGCUGAGGGGUAGCAAGGCGGACCGGAUCGACCUCGUUGGGGUUAUUUUUACUGUUCCCAGCACGGGCAUGUCCUUCUCCACCGCCACCGCCGCCGCUCUUGCUAGGAGACGCAACUCGGGCGUCCUUUACUCAGGCGACAGCCAUCCAUGAAAAAAGGGGUUGGGGGGGCAGGGGAUGAUAUAUUAUUGGCAUAUCAUAGGCAUUUCGGGAUCCAUGUGAUCAUGGCGCGCAGCAUCGCUUUUAAGAUAUGAAGCAUUCUCGACCACAACAGCACCAGACCUACGCCACCCGGACCAAAACCUCAGCCCAAACAUGAUACUCCGUAAGACCCCAGUAUCAGCUGAGGGGGCCGAGUUGAACAGACAAAUCUACAAGGGCAAGGACACGGUUUUUUGGCGAGACUAUCGACACGCCUCGUACACCGCACCACCAACGUCCCACGGUGUGCGCAGAAGAAGAAGGGUGCGCCCCCCCCGCCUACUUGCCUACCCCCAGCCCACCCUCUACCACACUAAACCGAAGUAAAAGCUUUCGCUCUUAACUUGAC